AUGACGGAAUCGAAUAAUAAUAAUAAUAAUAAUAAUAAUAAUAAUAAUAACAAUGCAGUGAGGAGAAUAGCUGAUUUUUACGUAAAUCGUAGCAUAUUUAUAACGGGUGCCACUGGUUUUAUGGGAAAAGUACUCAUUGAAAAAUUAUUAUACAGUUGUUCGGAUGUUAAAAAUAUUUACAUACUCAUACGGCCGAAAAGAGAUAAAACGGCAGAAACAAGACUAGAAGAAAUGUUUAAGCUACCCUUGUUUCACAGGGUGCAAAAAGAAAAACCUCAUCUAUUUAAAAAAAUAAUACCCGUUUUCGGUGACAUAACGAAAGAUGGAUUGGGUAUAACGAACGAUAUGAAAAAAAAACUUUGCGAUGAAGUAUCAAUUUUUUUUCACGGUGCUGCAACCCUUAAAUUGGAAUCAAAUUUAAAAGAUGCCAUGGAAAUGAAUGCUUGGGGUACGUGGAGAGUUUUACAAUUGGCUAAACAAAUGAAAAACCUCGUGGUAUUCGUACAUUUGUCUACUGCUUUUUGUCACGUCGAUGUUGAAGUUUUGGAAGAAAAAGCCUACGAUUUCCCAUACAAACCAAAAGAUUUAAUGAAUUUAGUCACGUGGAUGGAUAAUUCAAUUUUGGAUAAGAUUACCAUGGAUUUGAUUAAACCUCAUCCGAAUACGUACACUUUUACGAAACGUCUUGCCGAACGUUUGGUCAUUGAUGAAUUUCCAAACAUGCCCGUUUGUAUUGCUCGGCCAUCGAUCGUUUGUCCUGCCGUUAACGAACCACUUCCCGGAUGGGUAGAUAAUUUAAACGGACCGGUUGGUAUCAUGGUAGCAGCCGGUAAGGGUGUUUUAAGAAGUAUGUAUGCUAAAAAAGAUUAUUACGCAGAAUUGAUAUCCGUUGAUUUUGCCAUUAACGGAUUAUUGGCGGUUGCAAAAACGGUAGCCUUGGAACCCAAGCCUAAGGAAAUUCCAGUUUAUAAUUUAACACAAUCGGAAGAAAGGAAAACAACAUGGGGUGAAAUUUUAGAAAAGGGAAGAUCAUUCACACUUGAAAUACCAUUUGAUUUAGUUUUAUGGUAUCCUGAUGGUAACAUAAGAGGUUCACUUUGGGUUCAUAAAUUUUUUGCUUUUUUCCUACAUUGGAUACCGGCGUAUUUUAUCGAUUUCCUUCUUUUUAUUUUCCGACAAAAACGAUUCAUGGUUCGAGUUCAGAAAAAAAUCGAAGUCGGAUUGGAAGUUUUACAAUAUUUUACAACACACGUUUGGCGUUUUAAAAAUGAAAAAUUUUUAAAAGUUCGAGAUAGCAUGUGUUUGGAAGAUAAAAAAGAAUUCAGUAUAGAUUUUAAAAGCGUCGAUGAUUAUUCAUAUAUAAAAAGUUGUUUGAUGGGAGCACGGAAAUACAUUUUAAAAGAACCGUGUGAAAAUCUUCCGAGAGCAAGAACGAAAAUAAGAAUCAUGUACGCCGUUGAUCGAAUCAUCAGGUUCAUGUUUUUAAUUUUUUUGGCUCAAAUGAUUAUUUCGUGGUGUAGAGCAACGAGUUACAUAUUCGAUGCAACUGGAAAAAUUUAA